UUUCAAACGGAGGAUAUCCUACAGCAACAGAGAGGGAGUAACGUACCGUGGUAAAAAGGAAAAGCAGAACGAGCACUUUAUUUUUUUAAUUUUUAAGCUCCUUUUAAAAUAUAGUAUAAUCUAAACUGGGCGCUUUGUAGCAAGUCUUAAGUGAGAAAAUACUACCAUGGGGGAUGACAGUGAAUGGAUGAAGUUGCCUAUUGAUCAAAAAUGUGAACAUAAGCUUUGGAAGGCAAGAUUAAAUGGAUACGAGGAGGCUGUGAAAUUAUUUCAGAGAAUUGAGGAUGAAAAGAGCCCAGAAUGGUCCAAAUACCUUGGAUUGGUAAAGAAAUUUGUUACAGACUCAAAUGCAGUGGCUCAAUUGAAAGGCCUGGAAGCAGCACUUGCCUAUAUUGAAAAUGCUCAUGUUGCAGGAAGAACAACUGGGGAGGUGGUCUCUGGAGUUGUCAGUAAAGUUUUCAACCAGCCCAAAGCUAGGGCAAAAGAACUUGGGACAGAAAUCUGCCUGAUGUACAUUGAGAUUGAAAAGGGUGAGGCUGUUCAAGAGGAACUGCUAAAAGGACUGGAUAACAAAAAUCCUAAGAUUAUUGUAGCAUGUGUUGAAACAUUAAGGAAAGCACUUAGUGAAUUUGGUUCAAAAAUUGUUACCCUGAAGCCAAUAAUUAAAAUAUUGCCAAAAUUAUUUGAAUCACGAGAAAAAGCGGUUCGAGACGAGGCCAAAAUGUUUGCGGUGGAAAUCUAUAAGUGGAUUCGUGAUGCUUUGCGACCACCCCUCCAGAACAUUAAUUCUGUACAGCUAAAAGAUCUAGAAGAGGAGUGGGUAAAGGUGCCUCCUUCGGCUCCAAAACAGUCCAGAUUCCUUCGCUCCCAACAGGAUCUGAAAGUAAAGUUUGAACAGCAGCAGGCAGCAGGUGCAGAUGAAGUUGAUGGAGAUGAUGAAGAAUCUGCCCCUCAGGUUGAUCCUUAUGAGCUACUUGAAGCAGUGGAGAUCCUUUCAAAAUUACCUAAAGAUUUUUAUGAGAAGAUUGAGGCAAAGAAAUGGCAAGAGAGGAAAGAGGCUUUGGAAGCCUUAGAGGUCUUAACAAAAAAUCCCAAAAUAGAAAAUGGAGACUUUGGGGAUGUGGUCAGAGCACUUAAAAAGGUUAUUGGAAAGGACACAAAUGUCAUGCUUGUUGCAUUAGCAGCAAAAUGUCUUGCCGCGCUGGCCAGUGGUCUCAGAAAGAAAUUUGGGACAUAUGCAGGCCAUGUGGUGCCAACAAUUUUAGAAAAGUUCAAAGAGAAGAAGCCUCAGGUGGUACAGGCAUUACAGGAGGCCAUUGAUGCAGUGUUCCUUACUACGACUCUGCAGAAUGUCAGUGAAGAUGUACUGGCCGUGAUGGACAAUAAAAAUCCUUCAAUUAAGCAGCAGGCAUCUUUAUUUCUUGCAAGAAGCUUUCGACACUGCACCCCUUCUACACUGCCAAAAGGUCUCUUGAAACCAUUUUGUGCUGCACUUCUUAAGCAAAUUAAUGAUUCAGCUCCAGAAGUAAGGGAUGCUGCUUUUGAAGCUCUUGGUACAGCAAUGAAAGUAGUUGGAGAGAAAGCUGUGAAUCCAUUUUUGACAGAUGUUGACAAGCUCAAACUUGACAAGAUUAAAGAGUGUGCUGAGAAGGUAGAAUUGGCAGGUGGGAAGAAAAGUGCAGGAGGAACAGAGAAGAAGGAGAAACCUGUUGCAAAGCCAGAGCCAGCAGCUGAAGCACCUGCCAAGUCAGCAGCGCCUUCCAAAAAGGCACCUAUUUCCAAGGGUACUGGGCCUCCCAAGAAGGGAAAACCUUCAGCAGCAGCUGCUGCUGGUGUGAAGGGAAAGAAAGCAACAGAGACAAAAGAAGUAGUGGAGGCUGAACUCUCUAUUGAAGUUUGUGAAGAGAAAGCUGCUGCUGUGCUUCCUGCUUCUUGUAUGCAGCUUUUGGACAGUGGUAACUGGAAAGAGAGACUGGCCAGUAUGGAGGAAUUUCAGAGGGCUGUAGAGCAGAUGGACAGAAAUGAAAUGCCCUGUCAGGCUCUGGUAAGGAUGCUGGCAAAGAAACCAGGAUGGAAGGAGACAAACUUUCAGGUGAUGCAGAUGAAGCUGCACAUUGUUGGACUGGUUGCUCAAAAGGGGGUUUUCUCUAAAACCUCUGCUUUUGUUGUCCUUGACGGCUUAGUGGAUAAAAUAGGUGAUGUGAAAUGUGGCGCUAAAUCUAAAGAGGCCCUCACUGCAAUAGGAGAGGCUUGCUCUUUGCCGUGGACUGCUGAACAGGUUGUCUCAUUGGCAUUUGCACAGAAGAAUCCUAAAAACCAAGCUGAAACUUUGAACUGGUUAGCAAAUGCAAUGAAGGAAUUUGGUUUUGGAGGAAUAAAUGUCAAAGCUUUUAUUAAUAAUGUGAAGACCGCUUUGGGUGCAACAAAUCCUGCUGUAAGAACAGCUGCCAUCUCCCUGCUUGGAGUGAUGUACUUGUACAUGGGAGCACCUCUACGAAUGUUUUUUGAAGAUGAGAAGCCCGCCUUACUAGCACAGAUCGAUGCAGAAUUUGAAAAAAUGCAAGGCCAGUCACCGCCAGCACCCUUUAGGGGAACUAAAAAGGGAGGAGAGGAAGAGGUGGAGGAGAAGGAAGAGCAGGAAGAGGAAGGUGGAAACGAUAUCAUGGACCUUUUGCCAAGAUCGGACAUAUGUGACAAGAUUACUUCAGAGCUGGUGUCCAAGAUUGGGGAUAAAAACUGGAAAAUCCGAAAGGAAGGGCUUGAUGAAUUGACAGCAGUGCUUAAUGAGGCCAAAUUUAUUCAGCCAAAUAUCGGAGAGCUUCCUAUUGCGCUUAAAGGCCGCCUUAAUGACUCCAAUAAGAUCCUGGUGCAACAGACAUUAACUAUUCUACAGCAGAUGGCUACAGCCUUGGGCCCAGGCCUCAAACAGCAUGUAAAAAGUCUGGGAAUCUCCAUUAUCACUGUGCUUGGGGACAGUAAGAGCAAUGUUAGAGCUGCUGCCCUGACAACACUCAAUGCAUGGGUGGAACAAACUGGCAUGAAGGAGUGGCUGGAGGGAGAGGAUCUGUCUGAGGAGCUGAAGAAGGAAAACCCAUUUUUAAGGCAGGAGGUAUUGGGUUGGCUGGCAGAGAAGCUUCCAACACUGCGCACUGUUUCGCCAGACCUAAUGUUUUGCGUGCCCUACCUUUAUGCCUGUCUUGAAGACCGAAAUGGAGAUGUAAGAAAGAAAGCUCAAGAUGCUCUUCCAACAUUCAUGAUGCAUCUUGGAUAUGAGAAGAUGCUGAAAGCAACAGGCAAAUUAAAGACUGCUUCCAAGGACCAGGUUGUAGGCAUGCUUGAAAAGGCAAGGGCCAUCAUGCCAGCCAAGCCAGCUGCUCCUGCAAAAGCUGGACCUUCCAAAUCAGGAGGCACAGCUCCAGCUGCAAAACAAGCUGCAGGUCCCACUAAACCCCAGUCUGUCAGCGAUGAUUCUGGGAUCGGUAUUGCUGAUUCUAAACCUGAUUCAAAAAAGACCAAGCCAGCAGCUGUCAAAGGGAAGAAAGCUUCGCAAGAUGUCAAUGAUUCAAUGGAAAAGGAUAAUAGUCUCAAUAAACCUAACAGACAAUCAAAAGGAAAGCCAAGUAAACAGGCUGCUGCUGGGAAGAAGGCUCCAGUGGUGAAGCCUAAUGUCAAAGAAGAGGAUGACAAGUCUGGCCCCAUGUUCAUUUUGGUCCCCAAUGGAAAAGAGCAGAGAAUAAAAGAGGAGAAAGGACUCAAGAUUUUGAAAUGGAACUUCAUCACUCCUCGAGAUGAAUAUGUUGAGCAGUUGAAAACUCAGAUGGCCACCUGUCUUGCAAAAUGGCUUCAAGAUGAGUUGUACCAUUUUGACUUCCAGCACCACAUCAAAGCUUUGUCAGCUAUGAUUGAGCACAUGGAAGAGGAAAAAGAUGCUACAAUAGGUUGUCUGGACCUGAUUCUGAAAUGGUUUACUCUGCGAUUCUUUGACACAAACACCAGUGUUCUGAUGAAGGCACUGGAGUACCUGAAGCUACUUUUUGCUAUGCUCAGCAGGGAGAACUAUCACCUUACAGAAUAUGAGGCUUCUUCUUUUGUCCCGUACCUAAUACUCAAAGUUGGAGAAUCAAAGGAUGUGGUUCGUAAAGAUGUGCGUGCCAUCCUCAACAUGUUGUGUAAGGUUUAUCCUGCCAGCAAAGUCUUCACAUUUUUAAUGGAGGGGACAAAGUCAAAGAAUUCGAAGCAGAGAGCUGAAUGUUUGGAGGAAUUGGGCUGUUUAGUUGAAUCGUAUGGGAUGAAUGUUUGCCAACCUACACCAGCAAAAGCACUUAAAGAAAUUGCAGUCCAUAUUGGUGAUCGGGAUACCUCUGUCCGCAAUGCUGCACUCAACACUGUGGUUGCUGUGUAUAAUGUUUGUGGAGAACAGGUUUUCAAACUGAUUGGAAAUCUUUCAGAAAAGGAAAUGAGUAUGUUAGAAGAGAGAAUUAAACGCUCUGCCAAGAAAGCCCCUCCACCCGUGAAGCAAGUGGAGGAGAAGCCCCAGAGACCACAACCAGGAAAUCCAAACGCAAGUUUAAUGCGGAAGCCACCCCAAGAUGAAGUACCUUCAAAACUAAAAAUUAUGUAUCGUACAUAUAGAAUUCAAGCACGAACUCAGAAUGCACAUCCUGAACAGUCUGCUCCUUCAGUUCCUAAAGAGUUCCAGCUAGAUCUCGAUGUCAUUGAAAACGAUCACACAAGAGUCAGUGAGCUACCUGACUUGGUACAGCAUAAACUGGAUGAGCUUUUAGAGCCAGUCAUGAUACCAGAGCCCAAGGUUCGUGCCGUUUCCCCACAUUUUGAUGACCUGCACAGUAGUACAGCCUCCACUAUUAAUUUUGUCAUCUCACAAGUAGCAAGUGGAGACAUAAACACAAGCAUUCAGGCUUUGGCACAGAUUGAUGAGGUGUUGAGGCAAGAGGAUAAGGCAGAAGCAAUGUCAGGGCACAUUGAUCAGUUCCUGAUUGCAACGUUUAUGCAGCUUCGUCUGAUCUACAACACACACAUGGCUGAUGAGAGACAGGAUAAGGAAGACAUUGUCAAACUGUACAGCUGCAUAAUUGGGAAUAUGCUUUCACUGUUCUACAUGGAGAGUUUGGCUCGGGAAGCAUCGAUGGGUGUUCUAAAGGACCUGAUGCAUGGGCUGAUCACACUGAUGUUGGAUACUCGAGUGGAAGACUUAGAAGAUGGACAGCAACUUAUUAGAUCGGUGAACUUGCUGGUUGUGAAAGUUUUGGAGAAGUCGGAUCAGACCAACAUUCUGAGUGCACUCCUUGUACUGCUACAGGACAGUCUCCUUGCUACAGCAAGUUCUCCAAAGUUUUCAGAACUUGUGAUGAAGUGCUUGUGGCGUAUGAUUCGACUCCUUCCAGAGACCAUCAAUAACAUAAAUCUGGACAGAAUCCUGUUAGAUGUUCACAAUUUCAUGAAAAUCUUCCCCAAAGAGAAGCUGAAGCAACUAAAAAGUGAUGUUCCUCACCGAACCCUUAAAACACUGUUACACACUUUGUGCCGAUUAACUGGAUCAAAGAUCUUGGAUCACCUGACCAUGAUUGAAAACAAGAAUGAAUCUGAACUGGAAGUACAUCUUAGGCGGGUUGUGAAACACUCCAUUGAUCCUUCCAACACAAAGUCGGAAAAGGAUACUGAGAAAGGAGCCAUCAGAGCAGACGAAAAGAUGUCUAAAGCAAAAGUAAGUGAUAUACUGUCAGAAAUUUUUAAGAAGAUUGGUUCCAAGGAAAAUACAAAAGAGGGGCUCACAGAACUUUAUGAAUACAAGCAGAAGUACUCUGAUGCAGAUAUUGAGCCUUUCUUGAAAAACACCUCUCAGUUCUUCCAGAGUUAUGUUGAAAGAGGCCUCCGCAUGAUAGAGUCUGAACGGGAGGGCAAGGGAAGAAUUCAGACUUCAAAUACAGGAAUUCCUCAACACAGUACAGAAACUACUACAUAUGUGCCAACCUCAAGUUCUGUACCUGCAAAUACAAAUGGCGAGGAAGUUAAGCCAGCUGUGUAUUUGGAGAGGUUAAAAAUACUAAGACAGCGUCAUGGACUGGAGAAUAAUUCUAAGCAGCAGGAAGAGAGGCCUCCUUUGACAUCUCUGCUCUCCAAGCCAACAGUACCCACAGUUGCUUCCUCCACAGACAUGCUUCACAGUAAGCUUUCGCAGCUGAAGGAAUCUCGGGAGCACUAUCAUCAGGAACUGGAGUCCAACCAAUCGCAUGUGCAGAGUGGAAUGGGCAGCACUACCACUGCCGCUAACCUUGAUGACUUGAAAAAGAGGCUAGAAAGAAUAAAGAGCAAUCGCAAAUAAAACUACCUUCAGCCUCACUCUCAGUUGAAGUAAAUUUCUUCAUAGAUAUUGGCUCCUUUUUUGGGCCUAAGUGUAUAAACCAUUUUCAUGUAUAAUAAGUGGACUUUUUUUGUUAAGUAUUGUGGCACAAACUAUUUGUAUAUACUUUAGGCUUCCUAACCACUUGAGCAUUUGAAAGUCAUGUUCUAGAAUUAGUGUACAGUUUCUCUGUGCAUACUGCUGUAAUAUGUGUACUCUGUCUCUUUUUAGCAGUUUCAGAAUUCGUAGGCGGUUGUCUAAUUUGUUUUAAACUUGUCAGUUCUGUUUGCUUGCUUUUCUUUUUUUAAGAAGUUAUACUUGUAAAACUUGAAGCAUUGAUUCUUUUACAGAAUCAUGACGCAUGGCAUGAAGUAAUACGUUUUGUAAAUAAAGGUUGCAUUAUCUUAAUUAAAACUAUUAAAUAGUAUUGUACUGUUUGACUCUGUAGUAUUGCAGUAGAUUCUUCCAUUAUGUUUGUCCAAUCUGUUAAACUCUAAUACAGUAAUCUGAAAUACUUUACCUAUAGUGAAACAGCAAAAAAGGUCACUUUCACAAGGAUGGCCGAGUGUUCACCUGAAGUUGAACAUUUUUCCUGGGAUCAUUUUAAAACAUUUCACAUGCUUUGUUUUGCAAUUACUAGCACACAAUAAGAGCUAUAUAGGAUUGCUCAGGUCCCCAAAUGUAGGGUAAAGAAAUUUGGUAAUUGAGCCUAGCAGAAAACCAAGUAUCCAAACAGAAGUGUAACAUUUAGUACAAAACAAUCAUUUCAACACUUUUCAAAUUGAGCUCGUUUCCAACUUGCAGUAGGUGUUAAUCCUUUUUUACAUUUUUGAUUUUGCACAAGAUACUGCUGUAUUUAAAUGGCAAAGAAAUACAAACUACAAUGACUGCAGUAUAGGCCUAAAUGGCAAACUGUUGGCAUUUCCUUUUAGAAAAAUACUGGGAAUGUAAUUGCUUUUGAAUUUCUUCAAAUAAAUUGGUUUGUCUUGGAAAACA